GACAACAUUGAACAUACAUCAAUAAUAAAAUACCUAAUUAAUUUAUGUUCUUUUGUAAACAUUGUGAUUUUGCACAAUUAGUGUGAUAAUAGGAAAAAAAUUAAAGAAUGCCUACUGCUUUUGGAAUCACUUUAUGCAUUAUUGCGCAUCUUAAUUUAUAUAGCAAAAUAUAAUCUUAUUAAUUGAGCGAUCCAUUUAUUUUCAUUUCCUAGACGCGUUCGUCGUAAUUGUUUGUCAAGAUGUUUCAAAAACCGGAAAAUGUGUUUUAUCGUCACAAAUUCUUUCGUGCUGAUGAUUUCGAUGACGAGCUUAAUGAUUUGUUUAAUAAAAAAUAUCAAUUCCGUUUUAACAGCGAAUGGAAAUUGCCUGAUCGAGAAUCUUGGUUUUCGGCACCACCUUGGAAGGUUAAAGCACUAGAAUCGCAGAAAUCUCGAUUGAACUUUCAUAAAAGUCAGUUGAAUGACUUCAGUAUUGAAGAAUGGAGCAGCCAUACACGUCGUCGGAACCCGGCGGGUGAGGUUGGGUGGAAGAUUAGGUGUCUUGUAAAUCCUGAGUUUUUAACACAGGCUUGGACGAAAUUCUAUGAAUGCGCCUGUACGUACAAUGUUGUACCAAAGGAAGCAAGUGCAUCUAAGAGAAUGGUAUCUCUACAUCUGUGCGAAGCCCCAGGAGCAUUUAUAACAUCUUUAAAUCAUUAUUUAAAACUAAAUCAUCAAGACAUACAGUGGAAGUGGGUUGCUAAUACCUUGAAUCCAUAUUAUGAAGGCAAUUCCCCUUCAAACAUGAUCAGUGAUGACCGUUUUAUGUUCCACACCCUGGAUAACUGGCAUUUUGGCAUAGACAGCACCGGAAAUUUAAUGGAUUGGGAAAACUCUCAAGCUGUCAUUGAAAAAGCUAAAAGCUUGGGAAAGGUGUUGCUUGUUACGGCUGAUGGUUCAAUUGACUGCAUGCAGAAACCUGAUGCUCAGGAAGAAGUUACUUCACCACUACAUUAUUGUGAAAUUGUUACUGCUUUGCAGUCCCUAAGCUCAGGAGGCACACUAAUAUUUAAACUUUUCACAAUAUUUGAACAUUCAACUGUUUGCCUGCUUUAUCUAAUCAAUCAUCUAUUUAAAGAGGUCAACAUAUACAAACCAGUGACAUCCCGUCAAGGAAAUUCAGAAGUGUAUGCUGUAUGCCUUGAGUACAAGGAUAACAUAAACCUCGAUGACUAUAUACCCCUACUCAAAUCAACUUAUGGAACAGACCUGUAUUCCAAAAUAUCUAUGUUUCCGCUGGAAAUGAUUCCAGAGACCUUUUUAAAACAAGUAGAGGAAUGUUCAUAUUACUUCUGUUCAAUACAAUGCCAAGUAAUAAACAGCAACCUUCAAGCAUAUUUAAUGCAGAAAAAUAUUGCCCUACACAGGGAUAUAAAAAAAAUAAGAGCUAUUGUUGCAUCAGAAUUUAUCUGGAAAUACAACCUUAAACCGAUUCUAUAUGAACAUGAGAUCCUUAAAGGGAUACUCCAUGAAGAAAAUAAAAUAAACACAAAUCCAAGGUACGAUCGAGGCUCAUACACUGAAAGACAGCUUUAUUCAAAGAUGUCCCUAAAAGAAAAGUUAAAGAACUUAAAUGGCUUUUUACAAGCGGAACUGCUAUCAAAUCCACUAAUUUUAAUAAAUGAGUCAAUUCGAUGGAUGUUAAAAGAAGAAAAUGUAAAGGUUGAAAUUAAAUAUACAUAUGGUCUACCAUUACAGAAAAUUAAUAGUUCUAAGUUCAUAUUUGUUCCAAUCUUUAAGUUGUAUCAGCAAAUUUUGACCGAAGAGGAAUUUAAAGAGAUUAUACUUUAUAAACAGUCCAAAGGGCAAGUGGGCAGCACUGAUGACUCAAAGAGUCAAAUAUCAAAAAUCCUAUUGUUGCCAGAGUAUAAGUAUAAGGACAGUUUUAAUGUGUAUGAGAAAAAUUGUUUCAAGACGUUGCUCAGUAUUUUAAUGGAAAUGAAGAUUGGGGAGUCACUUCUACUAAAAAAUUAUAACAUAUUAACUCACUUUAAUGUCAGCACACUUUACAUUCUUUCUAAGGGGUGUUUCGAAAAGACUGGUUUUGCAUCUUGCGGGAGCAUUGUUUUAAACAACUUGCGGGAUAAAUCUUUUUUAAAUUACCUAGAUGCUAUUAAUAUUGAAUGUGAUAAAGUCCGAAGUGAUAAUACUAAAGAUGUUCUGAAUACUCUUCCAGUACAAGUAACAAAUGUUGGAGAUUUUUUCAAUAAUAUUGUCUUUUAUAAUAACACUUUCUACAGAAAUAAAUGUAUUGAAUACUUGUACACAAUUGAACAGUCACUAUAAAUUAAACUACUUUAAUAUUUCAAUUUAAAAUAUAUUUAUCGUGUCUGUAGAAAAUAUUUUUCUAAAUAAAUUAUUCUUGUGAGCUAAUAAAAGUAUUCUCGUUGUUCUCAGUCACAGUGUAAUAAAGAUUUUCUGAAUGUUAA